GUGUGUAUAUUCGGGUAUAUACAGACAUAGGACUCGUUUGCUUUUGUAGAGCGCUGUCGAAAUCUCUCCGCGCUGAAGGCUUUCCUUUUUCGGUGGUUUACCCUUUGAGAGGGUCUAUUGGAUUGGAUUGGAUUGGAAAUCUUCGCCAUUUAUCGCGAAUUGAAUGCAGAGAUGCGUCAAGAACAAGAAGACAGAGGGAUUAUUUGUGUUUCUCGAGUUGUACUCAGCCGUCCUCAGUGAGGUUUUGGGUCUCCGUUUCGGGGCAAGGCACCGACAGUCGACAGCGGCGUGAUUUUGGUGGAGGAAAUGGCGAAGCGUGGAUAUAAACUGCAGGAAUUUGUGGCGCAUGCUGGGAGUGUAAAUUGUUUGAGCUUUGGGAAAAAGAAUUAUAGAGUGUUUAUAACAGGUGGAGAUGAUCAGAAAGUGAACCUUUGGUCCAUUGGAAAGCCCACAUCUCUUGCGAGUCUGUGUGGUCACAAUAGCCCAGUUGAGUCUGCAGCAUUUGAUUCAGGAGAGGUUUUAGUGGUAGCUGGCUCGUCUUCUGGAGCCAUAAAGUUGUGGGAUUUGGAAGAAACUAAGAUGGUUCGCACUCUUACUGGACACAGAUCCUAUUGUACUUCUGUUGAAUUCCACCCAUUUGGCGAGUUUUUUGCAUCUGGCUCAAUGGAUACCAAUCUAAAGAUAUGGGACAUUAGAAAGAAAGGGUGCAUCCACACAUAUAAAGGUCAUACUCGAGGGAUAAGUAAUAUAAGAUUCACUCCUGAUGGUCGCUGGGUAGUAUCCGGUGGAUUAGAUAAUGUUGUUAAGGUAUGGGACUUGACUGCAGGAAAGUUGUUGCAUGAUUUCAAGUUUCAUGAGGGACAUAUCCGGUCCUUAGAAUUUCACCCUCUUGAGUUUCUUUUAGCGUCAGGUUCGGCUGACAAAACUGUGAAAUUUUGGGAUCUGGAGACAUUUGAGAUGAUUGGAUCUACCAGACGUGAGGCUUCUGGAAUAAAAUCACUAGCUUUCCACCCAGAUGGAAAAUCCAUUUUCUGUGGACUAGACGAUAGUUUAAAGGUUUUCUCAUGGGAACCUAUAAUUUGUCACGAUUCUGUCGACAUGGGCUGGUCAUCACUUGGCGAUCUUUGCAUUCAUGAUGGGAAACUUUUGGGUGGUGCAUAUUACGAAAACUCAGUUGCUCUUUGGGUAGCAGAUGCUUCGCUUAUAGAGCCGUACAGCACAAGAUUGACUACACAGCAAUCGAAGCUGGAAUGUGAUACUCAGGGAAAUCUUCUCGACAAAGAAGCAGACCAUCCAAAGCUAAAAUCAAAUAUGCAUUCCACAACCCCAGAUAGUGAUAAUAAGGAUGUGAAAACUAUAUAUGUUGACUGUGUAAGUUCUGUAACACCGAAGAUUAUUGAUUCCGUAGACACUCCUAAGGGUGUAUGUACAUCUGACUCCAAGGAAAGUAAUGCUAUUGGAGUUCACAAGCAUAGCUUUCCCCCAAAACCUAGCACGCCGGUGGUUAAUAAGAAAACCCUUGUUAUGCCUAAUAUAGUUCCUCGUGAUGGUUCCAAUGGAAAGCAUUUCAUUGGGUCUAGAAGGGAAUCUCUUGGUUCAGCAAAGGCUUUCAUUGGCAUGCCUGUUAAGCCAUCUUCUGCGAGGAGGCUAUCUAGCAGUAGGUUUGAUAUGGAAAGAAUGGCUGUGUCCCAUGAGUCUGAUACUCGCAAUAACAUUAAAACUCCUCUGAGAAGAAAAAUGGAUUCAGGCCUCCGUAACCGACUCAUCACUGAUGAAUUUGCCAAUGAAUCCUCUGAAGGAAAACUAUCAAAUCACAAGAUUGUUACGGAGAAGUUUGAUAGAUUAUCAUUACCCUCAACAAAUAAUCCGAUUCUGGAUUCCAGUAAAAGGACAAAUUCCCCAAGAGUAGUCAAUGGAGGUGCUGCUACACAUCGAAGGACGCCUAGUUCGGUUGAAAGGUUUGCAAAAAAUGACGAAAUUCAAAAGCCAGAGAGGGAUGCUGGUGCAAUUGCUGGCCCUCCAGAAAGCCUCCCAUCCCAGAGCAUUGACAAAAAUUUGGUAACCAGAGAAGGGUCAAUUGUGGAUGAUAGCGUUGUCAUAGAAAAUCUAAUGCAGAAUCAUCAAAUGACAUUGCCAGCAUUAGAGUCUCGAUUAACUAAGUUACAGGUGGUUCGGCAGUUUUGGGAAAGGAAUGAUAUUAAGGGUGCCAUAAAUGCUGCGAGGAAAUUGUCUGAUCAUUCUGUGCAGGCAGAUUUUAUCUCUAUUCUCAUGCCCUGUGGGCUGGAAAUUAUUACGCUCGACCUGUUUUACUGCUUGCUUCCCAUGCUUUUAGCACUAUUGGAAAGCAGAACAGAAAGACACAUUAUACUUUCCCUGGAAAUGCUCGUUAAGUUGGCCGCAGUCUUUGCCCCGAUCGUCCAUACAACAGUCUCAGCACCUCCAGUCGUCGGAGUUGAUCUCCAUGCCGAGGAGAGGAUUGAAUGCUGCAAGCGAUGCUUCGAUCAUCUCCAGGAGCUGCGAACAACACUUCCGGAGUUAAUGCAGCGUGGAGGUAAUGUUGCCCGAUACGCACAGCAGCUAAACCUCGUUGUCCAAAUGUAGCCGUUAGCAACUUAGUAUAGCAUAGAAGACAAUUUAAAAUCAUUUCAAAACGAAGAUAGGGAGUUCAUAGGAAAUUAAUUGUAGUUUUGGACGAAGUUGUAAUAUUCGUUUUGUUUCUACUUGGGCCUGCUCGAAAUAUGUCGAAAGAAGUGGAGCAAUUUGUCAAAUACAGAAACGGGGGUGGUAAGUUCUGGAAAAAGAGAAGGGUAUUAAAGUCCUUUUAUAUAUCUUCAUCAAAUAUUAUUUCAUAAAUAUUAAAUAAAUUAUUCGAUUCAAGACCAAACCCCAUAUACGUUGUUUGCGUCUGUCGUCCAAGCAAGGAGUUCUUCGAGAAAUCAGAAGGAAAUUGAGAGGAAUCCUUAUCUGUUCUCGGUCGACGUGGAUUGCCGGUGGGUAACGUGCGCAGCGGCGGCGAGAGUCGGUGGA